ACCAAUCCAUAACCUGGACGGGUCCAUUUCUUGUUUCCAUUUUUGUGUAUAUGCAAUUUCCCAAUUAAUCAAAGUAGCCGGUUUCGCUUUUAUAAGCGUACAUAUUAAAUUGUUUUUGGCCUUUCAUAUGUUCCAAAGAAUCAAAAAGGUUUAAGAGUGCAACUGAGAUGCAAUUUUACGGAAUAAUUUUUCCAUGAAAGCUUAAUUCGUGUACAUUUUAAACGGUUAAAUAAACAAAUGAAAACAUAUUACAUUUCUUUUCAUAUCAUUUCAUAUUAUUCGAGGAAAACAAAACAUUCAUUAAAAACAUUAUUCCACGUCAAAAAAGUUCUAAAAUAAAUAGAAGGCUAACUUCAUUUCAUUAAAUUUGAUAGAUAAAUAUUCUUAUCAUUUCAUCUAUUCUUUUAUUAGUUACCAGUUAUCGUAUUUUUUUGUAGGAUGUUAAAUUCAUGCUUUAUAUUUGUCUCCAAAUCUCAGUCUGAAUAAGGUACAAACAUAAAUGAUAAAUCUAUUCACACAUGUAAUUCUUACUCAACCUAUAUUAGGCUUAUAAUAAUUGGUCCAACAUCGUGGUCACUUGUGAAGAAGAUCUUUUUUUUUUUGCCAAGAAUUUGAAUUUCAUAUAAAUAUGAGAAGAGUUUGUAAGAUUUUACAAAAUAUUUAAAGCUAGAUGGGAUGCACUUUGGCAAAAAAGGAUACAAACAAAGUGUAACCCAUAACAAAAGACUUUCUAAUCAUUCAUCAGCCAAGACAGCAUAAGGUUCUUGAAACUCUUCUUGCUGUGCUGUUUCCCCAAGAUUGUAUCUCUGAUAUGGCGAUCAAUGAGCUUAUAAAACGUUUGAGGUGUAGACGAGAUUCCGUCAUGCAGACGUUUGUUCCUUUCCCCCCAGAUACUAUAGAUAGUUGCGUGAGCAACAAUUUUUUUAAGUAUCAGUGGAGUAGUGGAAUCCCUGAGAGAUAACCACUCAAUAAAAGAUGUCCAAGUGAUGAAGCAUGAGUGAGUAUACCCCAAUCUACUCAGAUUCAAAACCCAAACCUGUUUACUGAUAUCACAACGCAGGAGCAGAUGGUCACGGGUCUCCGGCGCUGAGUCACAGAGGCAACAGUUUGAUGAAACUCCAAGGCCCCAGCUUGCGAGCCUCACUCUAGUUGGCAUCCUAUCGUUCUGUGCGAUCCACAUGAAGAAAGCAUGUCGAGGAGUUGCCAUUUUGAACCAUACACUGUUUGACCAAGUGACUGCAGGAGCUCUGUUUCUAAUCGCCUCCCAUGUGAAGAAGAUCUUGAGUUUGUAGAAAAAGUCUCCAAGAAAACUGAUGCUCUCUCUCCAACACGAUUAGUCUUGUGAAGAGGCAGAGAUGACACAACUGACAUCACCUAUAGCUGAAAAAUCUUUCAGACUCUGAUGAUGAUGAGACCAAUACGGCAAUAUUUUCUAUCAUUAGUAACAAGCCUCACUGUAAAAAGAAUAAGAAUCACAAAAAUAUAAUAUCUCCUAUAUAUUAAAAGAAAAAUACAUUAUCAUUUAAUGCUUUCAUAUUACAUUGAACAAGUGUAAGCUUCACAUCAAUUUUAAUUUGAAUAUGCUAACGUGUUAGCCUUACAAACAUACUUUUUUUUUAACUCCACCGCUGACAAAUUAAUGUGUUCACACUAAUUUUCUUUUUUUUUUGUCAUUAGAAAUUCAAACGAGUUUCAUCUCAAAGAGUUUAUGGCCAAAACAAUGCCACACUUAAAACAAAUAAAAUGGAAACCAAUAGGCCCCAAAAGGAAACACCCAAACAGUCGGGAGAGAACCAGAACCUUGCCUUGAAACUCAAGCUAACGCAGAAGGCAGCUAAAAAGGCCAAAUAGAUCAACAAGUAGAUGCCUCUCUAAUUAGUAAAUCAGACAACCAACGGGGGCCACCCGCAGCGACAUACGACUGAACCCGAUGAUCCCUGGUAACACUAUCAGCAAUAGCAGCGGCUGCCUGGUUGCAGGUGUCAGACACCAGAGAUAAACUACUCUUUGGCACCGAGUAGAUAUUUUUGAAAACAUCAUAGCACAUAUAGUAGUAGGAUGGGAACUCUACCGGGUUAUUAAGAGCAUUUGCAGCUUCCUGCGAGGAGAAUUCAAAAACUAUAUCCUUGAGCUUGAGAUCCUGGACUGCUGUUGAUGCCCAAGACAAGGCCAAAAGGGAAGCAUGAGCCUUUGAAACAACUCCACUAAAGGAUCUUCUACUAUGAAAUAAAACCUUGCCCCUUGUGUUCCGAAUGAUCCAGCUUGCACCGCUAACAGAUGAAGGAGCCGCCCAAGAUGACCCGAUGUUACAUUUCAGGAAUGAACCUUGAGGACGUAACCAAGUAAUUGUGUCUCCCGGACCAAUAGGUGAAGGCUUUAGGCACUCUGGAAGCAAACCCUGUAAAUUCAGCCAAAUAGUAGCUUCUUCUCUCGCCUUGGUGAUAAUCUCAAGCGCUGACGACUGUACUUGUUCAAAACAUAGCUUAUUUCUUGCUUUCCAAAUGUGCCACAACACCCAGGGAAAAGCCAGACGAACCAAACCACCUAUGGUCUGUCUCUGACACACUAAUUUUUUUAAACAAUUUUUUCCUGCAUGUUUAACAUUUGUAUUAAUGAACUGAAAAUUUAUUUGUACAACUACUGAAUAAUAUCAUUCUGAAAGAAAGAAAUUACAAAAUUAUUAAGAUUCGCAUCAACUAAAACGCUGGAAUAAGAAUGUUUUUAGAAAUUGAAAGUUUCAUAUCUUGCCGAACUUAGUAAUGGUUGAGGUUUUUGUACACAAAUGCAAUAAAUAAUUGUGAUUGAUUAUAAAUUAAAGAAAUUGAGGUUAAAAAACACCAAACACAAAGUUGGACUUUUAGUUUAGCCAAAUAUUGCUUUUUUUUUACGGAAUUUUCAUAUGAGACCAAGAAUUAGAAACAUAAUCAGAUUGCUAGAAAAAAUUAGAAAUUAAAAAGUUUUAAAAGAAAAAAGUUCAUGAAAUCGAUUAAAAACAUAAUUCUGGUGCCGACUGAAAAGAUCACAUUAUUUUUCAUGCAACUCUAAAAUUUUUCACUCUAUUAUAUCAUAUUUGUAUUAUAUUUAUCAAAAUUUAUAAAAAAAAAUACACGUUAUUGAUUAUAGACUACGUCAGUUUUGCAACAUGCACAACAAUAUUAACACAAUGUCCAACUAUUUUUAUUGGUAUUCUUAAAAUAUGGUUCAAUAAUUAUGUAUGUUAAAUAAGCUCAGACUAUUUGUUUUACAUUUGUUUAGGUUGCUUUAUAUUAUUAGAAGAAAGUAAGUCUGUGUAAAAUAUAUGGAUCCAAAGAACCAAACCGAAGUAGAUUUGAAAAUAAUACUAAGCAUAAACUAAAACUGAUUAAGUAUUCUGAUGGAUCUAAAAGUUUUUUUUUUGAAAGUCUGAUUAAUUAUGCUAUUACAAUGAUGAGAACGUUACAUAGACGAUUUUACAGCCGACAAUUCUACCACCUUGUGAGAAUACACGCCUGACUGCAUCAUUCCGAGCCGUCCUAUGAGAUCCAUGUUCGAUGGUACGCCUGCACCAAACUGAAGAUCUCUUGUAACCUAUUUCUCCAUAAUCUGCAUAAUUUGGUAUUUUCUGGGGUUUGAACCCCAGACCUCCGGAUGUAGAAGCAUUAAUGAACCCUUAGUCAAACCACUGGACCAAGGGGCUUAAUGGAUCUAAAAGUUUAAUAUCCAGAUAACCAGAUAUGAAUUUUAUCUACACUAAAAUAUUUUGGAUACAAAAAUUAUCUAAAUCACAAUUAUAUACUUAAAUAUGUUAAUUAUUUUAAAUUUUUUAUUUAUUAGACAUUCAAAAAUAUGAAAGUAUCUAAAAAUUAUCAACAAAGUCACAAGUAAAUAUCUAAAAGUAACAGAAUAUAUUCAAAAUAUUGAAAAUGUUUAUUUGUGCUCCAUCCAAAUAUUUAAAUUGAACUAAUUUUUAUGUAAAUUGAAAUAUUUAGUUUUAUAUUAUUCAUAUUUUUAUAUUUUAUAUUAUUUUAUUUUGUAUUUUUAAGAUUUAAGUAUAUUUAGAUUUUUGUUAAGAAAAUACAUAAUUAAAAAUGAGUAUCCGAACUCGAAUCCAAACCGAACUUUCAAUGAUUUGAACCAAAUCCAAACCAAAAUUUAUAAAUAUCCGAAUAAGAUUUAAAUUUUUAACUCUAAAUAUCAAAAAUCCAAAUAGAUCAACUGAAUCUAAUAAAUUAUUUUAUUCUGAGCACAACUAGGGUUACUAUCUAGUUCUUAUUCAUCAACAAAAACAAUGGAAUCAAUGAACCAACAAAAUCUCUCUCAAAGAAAUAAGAUACAGGAAAAAAAAAAGAACUGACCUUGUCCAUAAAAUAGAUAAAUAAGAUAAAUAAAAAUAAUCAAUGGACAUAUUUAUCUCUUUGAACAUAAUUAUCUUGUUGAAAUAGAUAAAUAAAAAUAAGAUAACCAUAAAUUUAGAAACCGCCCUAGAAAAUAAUUAUUUAUAUGUUUUAACCUAACUUAUAUGUCUAUAGUCUAUAUAUAUAUUACGUUGGUAAGUUAGAAACCCCCAAUUUCUCUCUCAAGAAACACAAAACGAUGACUAUUAUCUCCGACCUUUCAUGGGAUUUGGUUGAGAAGAUACUCUCUAGGGUUCCCAUAAUUUCUUUAGGAGCGGUGAGAUCCACUUGCAAACGAUGGAACCGUUUAUCCAAAAAUAGGCUUUUGUGUAAAGCAGAAGCAAGGAGGCAUCAGUUUCUACGCUUUAUGGUGAAGAACUAUAAGCUUUGUUCAAUGAGAUUCGAUCUCCAUGGAAUCCUCGACGGAGAAGAAUUCGUGGAUCCAUCUAUUAAGGAGAUCACCGUCGUUGAUUCAUUUAAUCAGGUCAAGGUAACCCAAGUAUUUCAUUGCGAUGGCUUAUCCUUAUGUGUUAUCAAGGACAAAGAAGAGAACAAAACUAGCCUCGUGGUCUGGAACCCAUAUUUAGGACAAACCAGAUGGAUUCAAGCCAGAAAUGACUACAACAGGUUAGACCUUUAUGCACUCGGAUAUGACAAUAAUCGUAAACACAAAAUCUUGAGGUUCUUGGAUACUGGCUCCUCUUACAAGGUUACGCUGUACGAAAUCUACGAUAUUAGUUCUGAUUCAUGGAGAGUUCUUGAUAUCACUCAGGAAUGGGACAUAAUGUUGUAUCAUCAUGGUGUGUCUUUGAAGGGAAAUACUUAUUUUUUUGCAAAAAAAAAAAUACUACUCGUAGAUGGACCGGUAGAAAUAGCCGAGCCCCAUGCUAUCUUACUUUCUUUUGAUUUUACAAAAGAGAGAUUUGGACCGCCUUUGCCUCUACCGGUUGAGCACUAUGUUGGCGAUACUGGGACACUCUCUUCUCUUAGAGACGAGAAACUGGCAGUCUUAUAUCAGCCCACAAGUAUGUCUGACGUGCAGAUUUGGGUAACGACUAAGAUUGAGCCCAGUGCAGUGUCCUGGGUUCCCUUUUUAAAAAUUGACGUGGAACCAUUCACAGGUUUCGGAUUCCAGUUUCACCAUGAUGGUGCCAGUUUCUUCAUUGACGAGGAGAAGAAAGUCGUUGUAGUUUUUCAAAUAGACGAAUCUGAAAUGACCUGCUAUGACACAGCUUACCUCAUUGGGGAGAAUGGAUACUUUGAAAAAGUAGGUCUUGGAGAAGCUGAGAAACCCCAAUGGUCGGCUAAUAACGUGGGAGAAUAUUGCCCACUUGUGUGCUCUUGUUCCUUUGUUCCAAGUUUAGUGCAUAUCAACAACGAAUCUGCAGGAAGCUAGACUUAAAAACCAAAAAGGAAGGAAACAAAGAAGAUCAUCACCAACUAUGAUGACAAUUACAUAUUUGUUUUUUCAUCUCUUCCAUUUGUUUUUGUUUUAUUUUUCAUUUUUAAAUCUCUUUUGGACAAAACUAUUGGUAAUUUCUAUAAAAUGGUUGAAAGGUUGUGUUUUAAUUCUAAAAAUUGCAUCAUUUGAAAAUAAAAUCUCAAUUUAUAUUUGUGUGUUUCCAAAAUGUCAUUUUAAAAAGUAUUAGCUUUAAAAGUUGUGUCUUUUCAUCAAAAAUGAUAUAUUUGUUAUUUUGUUUUCAUAAAUUGUUAAAUAUCCCAAAAAGUGUAAUUGUACAAUUAUUUGUUUCAAGAGUUGUGUAUCAGUGUGUAAAAAUUGUGUCUUUCCAUUGUAAAAUAAAAAUUAUUUUUUUUUAAAAUAGCUAAGGUAUCAGUUAUUUUUUUUAACUAAUGUGUCUAUGUAAAUUAUAUUGUAUAGGUAUCUUUUAAAAUAGUUACCUAUAAAUUAAAAAGAUGUAAUUAUUCAUAUCAUCUUUGAAAUUUUUUUUAAAAUAGUUAAUGUGUCUUUCUGUAAUAAAAGUGUUUUUAACUAAUGUGUCUAUUCAAAUUAGAUUUUAAAAGUAUUUUUUUAGAAUAAUUAUCUAUAAUUCCAAUGGUUGUGAAUUCCUAUUGAGUUGCAAUGUCAAUCUUUAGAUAAUUUUUAGAAUGAAUCAUUGCAAUCUUUGGUGAUUGACAAUUAUAAUUGUUGGUGAUUAUAGCUUUUGGUGAUGAAUCAUUGUAACUUUUAGUGUUAACCAUUGCAAUGUUUGAUUAUCAACUUUUACAACUUUUAAUUUUUUAUAUAAAUAAUUGUGAACAAUGACAAAUCCCAAUCUAAAUAACAAAAAAAAAAAGAAAAAAAAAAGCAUCACAACAAUCACAAAUAUAUUAGAAAAAAGUUAGUCUUUGUUCAAAGACCAGUAAAUAGGAUUAUUGUUAUGCUCGGAACCCAGCAAACUUUAAAUAAACAGGGAUGCGACUUGCGAGUAUACUAGCUUUUUCCACGAGAUUUUGUUUCAAGGAGAUUGCCAUUUAUGCAAUUACGCAUAUGCCAAGUCAAUUUCAGAUUAAUCAUUUAACCGGGAAAACUAGAUGUUACAAUUAUCUUUUUGAUGCGUAAGGUCAGAAUUUCAGACAAUCUGAUAACCAGAAACAAAUAAUGAUAAUAAUUUUGGAGCGCCGUGAGCGUGUUCUACCCUCCUCUUACAAAUCCUUUAUAUUUUACCAUUCGAAUGAUAAAAAAAACUUUUAAAUUAAAAUGAAAAGACAAAAUAUAUUUUGUAAUAAUAUCAUUUUAAAAUAACUACCUUUAAAUUAAAAAGUUGUUACUAUAAAUAUAAGUAUCAUAUCAAAAUAACCAAAAUUUAAAUUGAAAAAAUGUGACUAUUUAUAAUUGAAAAGUUGUGAUUAUUCAUAUAAGUAUUAUUUCAAAAUAACUACUUUUAUAUUGAAAGAUGUGACUAUUUAAAUUGAAAAAUUGUGACUAUUCAUUUAAAUAUCAUUUAAAAUAACUACUUUUAAAUUGAAAAGAUAUGACUAUUCAAAUAGAUCUUUGAAACUCUAUAAAUGUACGUGAUAAUUGCCAAAGUAAACUUUUCACUAAUCUAAUAAAAUGGUGAAGAAAAAGAGUUAUAUAAUGUUAUCUGAAUACACAUUUUUAAAAAAUAUUCAAAUGAAACGUUGUCAACAAAAAAUAGUAAGAAAAAAAUUUUGUAUUUGGAUAGCCAAAAAUCAUAAACAAAGCAAAGAAGUUAUUAGUUUUAAUUUUCUUUUACUGGAUGAAAAUAUUUGUUUUCCAUACUUACAGAUAUUUCGCAUUUGUGAUAUGUAGUUUUCAUAAUAUUCAUGAACACAUGAUUCAUGUCCAAUUUUCAUACACGAAUUUCAGUCAUGUCACUAUAAUGUCUUCUUCUUUCUUUCUCUGGUCCUCUGAGCCAUGAACCAACCGUAUUACGAGGGUUCAUGAUUUAUUUACUGAAACGUUCGGGAUUGUAGGUCUCAUCAUCAUAUGUAUCGUACAUCGUCCGACGGUCGUCGUCUCGGCACUUUAACGUACGAGCUCGUAAUCUCAUUAGUAUGACAUCGUAAUGAUACCGAUACACUCGAACAAGUAUUAAAUAAUUAUAUGAACCACUAGAAUCUUGCAAUGCAAUAGUUACGUGCCGGCUGCUGUUUUCUUAUUUUCCAUUAAGGAACUUUCUGAAAAUUGAUAUUCAAUCGAAAAUUAUAAUAAGAAACGUAGCACACUACAGUUCCACGUUUUGGUGUCACACCCAUUAACCAACGAAACAGCAUUAGCAUUAGUUUCAAUGAUCAACAAGUUUCAAUGAUUAACGUGGCGGCCAAUAUGCAUUAUAAUUUACUUAUUUUAUUUUUUUUGGUUUAAAAAUUAUUUGAUAAUUCUGUUAUUUAACUUAAACAUGUGCACAUUAUGUAACCGAUCUUCACUAUAAGUUAACAGUUCCCAUAUUAACCUUCAGUAAUUAAGAUUUAGACAAGAUACCAAAAACAUACUUUCAUGAUUUUGAGAUACAGAAGAGAGACUAAAAGAUUAGAAAAUGAGAUGGACGAAGAAUAUAAAUGCAGACCAUGAAAACAAUAAUAUGAGAAGAGAUAAAGAAACCAAGUAUAUUAAAAAAAAAAGUUUCUGCUAUAAAAAAAGUUCAAUAUAUAAGAUCAUGAAAAGUACAUCAUUUGCUAUUCUAGAAGAUAUGUGUUGUUUGAGAAUGAGACUUUUGAGAGAGGAGUUACAAUUAAAACCAAGAGAAUGAUUUUCAAACCCGAAGAGAAUCAUAAAGCCUUUAUUAUUAGUCUUAAUAUUCUCAGACCUAAACCAACUGUACGGAAUGCCAGCGGCUAAGUAGACAGCGGCCAUGACCCAUGAGGAACAUCUGAAUCUUGACUCGACCGACUCUAUCGAUGAAAUAAACGGUGAACCAGUAACCAGGGAUGGUGGAGCACACGGCUACAAUGGCUGCGACCUUAGCCGCUUGGCCUGCUUCGAAGGCAAGUCAUAGACAUUUGUCAUAUUGGCAGGUUUGUCGGAUAAGUUGACGAUUUGAGAGAGGAGGAGGUUGCUUGUAUAGAGGACGACGUCCACUAGGAACCAAUUGGCUGAGGCUGCGAAGAGGUCACGGCCGUGGAGGCUGAAGAAACGUCGAGAAAACAGUUUGUAGGAGGAGUAAGAAGAAGUAGACGGUGGUGGGUGUGGUGUCUCCGAUGAUGAAUCUUCAGCUACUUGAGAUACUUUGUAUAUGGACAUGACUUUUUUUAGGUCUUUUUCGGCUUGGAAAGCAUUCUUCUCAACUAAUGCUGUGUAUCGCAAUAUCGCAUGCGACUUUAAAAUUUUAGUGACUGACCUUUUGAUUUGAUUAUUUAGUAGAAACAAUUGAAAAUUUUGUAAAGAUCUAUUACUCGUAAUUCUUCGUAAACCAUACAAAAUAUACCAUUUUUUUAUUUUUUAGCUAGUGGAAAAGGUUAAGAUUUAUAGUCAAACUUUUGUUAGAAGUUACGUAGCAACCUUAAAAAGAUAGAGUAUUAUGUCAAAGCUCAAUAAAAUGUAACUUAUUAUCAAUACCAACUAUAAAUAAUUGAGAUGUCUUCUACUUGAAAAUCCAAUAAAUGCAAUCAAUAAUUUUAAAAAAUGUAAAUCUAUAAUUUAUCAACAUACAGUAGUUAGCUUUUAUAUAAUUUUUGUUUUAUAUUAUAAAAAUUGUCAGUGCAUGUUGUAUAAGAACUCUUCUGAAAAUUCAAAGCAAUAUUCUUAAUGCUAACAUGAGUCGACACACAUUUGUUACGCUAUCCAAUCUAUUUGAUAUUCUUUCAAAAGAAACAAAGCAUGUAAAAAUAUAUAAGAAUAAAAAAAAAAUAGUUAUUUUUGGCAAACAUAGAAAUAUAAAUUUUUCAAAAAGAAUACUGACUACUACUAUUAUUUCCUUUUUAUUAGUAAAAUUAUUUUGAUGUCAUGCAAAAAUAAUUGAAAUUUAUUCAAAAAAUUUGUUGGAACUAUAUAAUUGUAAAUUUUUAUUUGAACUUGUAAAAUGCUAUAGGGCUCUUAGCUCCAUAUCAUUAGAUCUUACAAUAAGAGGAUUCAUGUUAUAUAAAGAGAAAAUAUUUAAUAACUUCUUAAAUAAUUAGUAUAUUUAAAAACAGUUAAUUGUUCAUCUUGGCACAAUACAUAUCAUAUGACACAAUGAUUUACAAAUAUAGUUGCAUACAAUCUAAGUUUAUAAUAUGAGUACUUUUCAAAACCAAUUGUUAUAAAAAUCAUUUUAUAAAAUAUAUUUUUAUAAAAUGAGUUUCCGUGCGAUAUCGCACGGGUUCCUUGCUUAGUAUAUUAAAUAAUAUAUAUAAAAAAUUAAGUUGUAAGUCUAUGAUAAACUCAAAUUUAACAUCUAUCGUCCAUGGUUAGAAGUAACUUGCUGAAGAAGCUACAAUGGCAGCUUAUAUUGAUCAGUAUCGGUUUUGGUUUUGGUGUUGGUUUCAGUAUGGUUCUGGUGUCUGACGGAAAUAGAGCGUUCAACAAUGGGUUUCAAGUAGCGAUCAUAUUCGGUUUUGUUGUUGCAACGAUCAUUAAUUACUUCAUUGCACAGAUGAAAGGGAACAUUGGAUGGAGAAUCUCUCUAGGGUUAGAUUGUGUCUCUGCAGUAAUUAUCAUGAUGAUCGGAGCUCUGAAUCUUCCUGACACUCUAAACUCCCUCAUCAAACGUGGCUUCCCUUAAGAGUCAAAGCAAAUGAUUCGAUCUAUCCAAGGAACCGAUAAAGUA